CGUUCAGCCGGCUGGUCGCUUCGUAGGCGGACAUACGACACACGCGAAUUUUGUGCCAACGGCUUUUACGCCUGCGUCUGCCAUGUGAAGUGAACUAAAGCCCUUUGAUAAAGCAAAAUUAUCUAAAUAAUAAAGAGAUAAAAUUGAUAAAAAUAAGUUCAUGAAAUUAAGCCCCUAAAUAAAGUCAACACAGACACUGUCAACGUCAACUUCAAGUCAACGUCAACGUCAGCCACAUCCGUAUCCGUAUCCGUGUCUUCUCAAGACGCCUGACAACGGUACGGAAUCGGAAGCUGUUGCCCAGAAUUAUGCAGCAUUAGGCACGGCGCGACAGAGUCCGAAAUAUUCACAAGUAGCCGCUGGCAAGGUUAAAGCAAUACGCAAACAUUUAUAUAUCGGAGCUGAGCAUUCUGCCUGUUAAAAAUGCGUUUGCUUCUGUACAUCGUUUGGCUGGUGCUGCCAUUUCUGGCUCCGGUUUUGGGCUCUUUCGAACUAAGUGGCCAGACCAUUAAAGAUGCACUCGGUGAAUAUAUGCUAACGGAUAUAAUGAACAGCAAUCAGUAUACGGGCAUUGAGUUUGCGGAGGGAGAGGAUGGCUUUCCGGCCUUCAAGUUACUCUCCACGGCAGAUGUCAAGUCUCCCUAUCAAAUGUUGCUGCCCGAGAAGCUAUACGAGUUUGCCAUACUAAUCACCUAUCGCCAGACCUCGCUGAAGGGCGGCUAUCUGUUUAGCGUUGUGAAUCCACUGGACACUGUGGUUCAGCUGGGCGUGCAUCUAUCGCCGGUUGUCAAGAACAGCUACAAUGUGACGCUCGUGUAUGCGCAACCCGACCAGAGCGCGGGCCGCAAGUUGGCCAGUUUUGCGGUUGCCCACGUGCCGGACAAGUGGAACUCGAUUGCAUUUCAGGUGUACAGCGACAAAGUGGUUUUCUAUUAUGACUGCAUACUGCGCAACACCACGACUGUGGUGCGAGAUCCCUUUGAGCUGGUAUUCGCAUCGGCAUCGGUGCUGUACAUUGGCCAGGCUGGCUCCAUAAUUGGUGGCCACUUCGAGGGAUAUUUAGAAAAAAUCUACGUCUAUGGCAAUCCGGAUGCCAUAGCAAUUCAAUGCAUGUCGCCCCCAAAGCCAACGGUGGCCGUGCCCACGGAUUUGGAUAAUGAGCUUUCGACCGAAUCAGAUCCCGAACUCUUAGCUGAUCCCGAACAAGAAAUGAAUUCACCACCCGAUGAGCCCGUUGUCGAUGAGAAUGAUAUUACAAACGAAGGCUGGUGGUCCUCGGCAAAUAUUGAGGCAACUGACAUUUUCGACGACAGUGGUUUGCAGGCCCCCGGACAGACGCAGUUAACGCACGAGAGACCAUAUCGCGGCAUCAAGGGCGAGAAGGGCGAUCGAGGACCCAAGGGCGAUAGUAUACGUGGUCCACCUGGGCCGCCCGGUCCGCCGGGUCCCAAAGGUGAAACACCAUCGUAUCCGCCCUUCGUGGAGACACCAAGUGCGGGGGCUAAAUACACUGGCGAAUGUACAUGUAAUGCGUCUGAUAUCCUGGAAGCCUUGAAGGACAAUGAAACGAUACGCGAAACGUUGCGCGGCCCGGCCGGUCCGCCGGGCAGAGAUGGAAAGUCCGGAGCCCCUGGACUUACCGGUGCCACUGGCGUAACUGGCGCUCGCGGCCCGGAAGGUCUGCAGGGGGAGAAGGGCGAGCCAGGCGUCGACGGCAUGCCCGGAGUGAUGGGCCCGCCCGGACCUCCGGGCCCGCCUGGCUUGCCGGAGAGCUAUGAUGAAUCCCUAAUGGGCAACUCAAUGGGCAGCCUACGCAGCUCCACCUCCACCCAGGCAGGACCUAAAGGAGCGACUGGCGAUAAAGGUGAACCCGGACGUCCAGGAGAACGCGGUGAAAAGGGUCACAAAGGUGCGCACGGACCCGCUGGACCCAAGGGUGAGCCCGGCGCUCCAGGCCUACCCGGAUUGGCCGGCCAGCCGGGCGAUGGCAACGGCACCAAGGGCGAGCGCGGCGAAAAGGGCGAGAAGGGCAUGCGUGGCAGGCGAGGUGGCACUGGCGCAACCGGACCAAUUGGACCACCCGGCAAACCAGGACCCAUGGGUGAUAUCGGACACUCGGGACGCCCUGGAAUGAUUGGACCUAAGGGCGAUACGGGCGCCAAAGGCGUCAAAGGCGACACAGGUGGACGCGAUGGCGCCAAAGGUGAGAAAGGUGAUCGGGGCAGCGACGGUCGUGACGGCUUGCCGGGCCCACCUGGACUGCCGGCCAGCACAGGUGGUGGCGAUGGUGACAGCAGUGGCGUCCAGUAUAUUCCAAUGCCCGGUCCGCCAGGACCGCCCGGGCCGCCUGGCAUGCCCGGCUUAUCGAUAACUGGACCCAAAGGAGAGGCAGGCAUGGACGCGCGCAGCAGCUUCUUCGGAGACGCCUCCUACUACGGUCGACCAGGUGCGCGCUCAUCUUUAGACGAACUUAAAGCACUGCGAGAGCUGCAAGAUCUGCGCGAUAGGCCCACAGAUGGCACAGCCGAGCCACCGCGACAGACGGCGCACUCGCACAAGCACGAGGAGUCGCCCCUGGGCAUUGGCGAGGAGCUGCCAUACUUUUCCGCAUCAUCAUCGAACAUGAACAUGAGAAUCGUGCCAGGUGCAGUCACCUUCCAGAACAUAGACGAAAUGACAAAGAAGUCCGCGCUCAGCCCACCCGGCACCCUGGCGUACAUUACCGAGGAGGAGGCGGUGCUCGUGCGCGUCAACAAGGGCUGGCAGUAUAUAGCGCUGGGCACCUUGGUGCCGAUUGCAACACCAGCCCCGCCCACCACAGUGGCGCCGUCCUUGCGCUUUGAUUUACAAUCGAAAAACCUGCUGAACAGUCCACCCCCCUUGCUCAACACCCCGACGUUUACAACCGCGCCCGAGUACGAAACGUGGUAUCCGCGCAUGCUUCGCGUGGCGGCCCUCAAUGAGCCCUAUGGCGGUGACUUGCAGGGCAUUCGAGGCGCGGACUUUGCCUGCUAUCGCCAAGGCCGGCGAGCGGGUCUGCUGGGCACCUUUAAGGCGUUCCUCACCUCCAGGGUACAGAACCUGGACUCUAUAGUGCGGUCGGCCGACUGGGAGCUACCGGUUGUAAAUACCCGUGGAGAUGUGCUUUUCAAUUCCUGGAAAGGAGUCUUUAACGGCCAGGGUGGUUUCUUCUCUCAGGCACCGCGCAUUUAUAGUUUUAGCGGCAAGAAUGUGCUCACAGAUCCAUUAUGGCCGCUCAAGCUAGUCUGGCACGGCUCUCUGCCGAACGGAGAGCGCUCCAUGGACACCUACUGCGAUGCCUGGCACUCCAGCUCGCACGAGAAGUUCGGCUAUGCCAGCAACUUGCUCGGCAACAAGCUGCUCGAUCAGGAGCGCCAGCCCUGCGAUGGCAAGCUGAUUGUGCUCUGCGUGGAGGCACUGUCGCAGGAUCGGCGGAAAAAGCGUGAUGUCAGCAGCAGUCGCAGUCACAGUCACAGUCACAGUAGCAGUCGCAGUAACAGUCGCGACAGUCACAGUCCCGCUGGCGAACUGGAUCUGGAGUUCAGCACGGAAGAGGAGUACGCCGAGCAUUUAGACAAUUUACUGCUGUAAGGAACCACCUUGAGAGGAGCAUGGGCGGGAAACGGUAACUGUAACUGUAACGAGCAUUAUAUGAAUACAAAUGCAAUACCAAUGCCAUACUCAUGAACACUCAGACACACACACACACAAACACAUACACAUUAAAUGUAAACGUAUAUCAUGGCCAUGCAUAUAAUCAGAGGAUUCCAACUAAACCAAAAAAUACUCAAGUAAGCGAUCGAUUAACAAUUGCAUAGUGAAAUAUGAACAUACAUAUAUACUUACAUACUACUUACAUACGAAUAACUAGACAGGUAUAUAUAUAUAUUCACAAUCUAUAUAUACAUCAUGAUUUCUUAUGCUCGACAGGCAACAAGCAUUUUUGUACAAGCGAGUUAUGUAUUAGUAAUCGUAGCCUAAUACAUAGUCAAAAUAUAUAAAAACUAAGCUAAUUUUGUAAUUAGGUCACAGCGAAGGCGGAGCAUAUUAGCUGCUGCUGCCAUUAAGGUUAGUCCUAGUACCAUAUUCAGGACCGGCGUGCACUGGUCCCCAUCAAUACUAUCUAGAGAGACCAAGCGCACCUUUCCAACAACAGCAAAACAUACUAACUGGCCAAAUUAGUCUCCUAUCUACCCGAGCAGCGGGAGGACUCACGCGCAAAUACAUUUCACAUGGCUGUAUACGUGUAUAAAUGUAUUUUGUCAAAGACUUCUAAAUGUGUAAAUGUUUAAGAUACAAAAAACAAAAGUGAAACCAACUAAAACCGAAUCAGAGCAAACAAUUUUAAGCCCAAAUCCAAAUCCAACGUUCCAACGUUCUAACGUUUUUAACUACAUAAAUCAACUCCAAUGUGCAUUAUGUUUUAUGCCAAUCCAGUUUUCUAUUCUACAUACUUAAUCAUAAUGUAGCCAGAUUUUCUACAUUGAAAUACUCGUUAUUAUAUAAAUGAACAACAACAACAACAAAGCGUAAGCCCUUUUUUAUAUGAACACAAUAGAAUAACUGAAUUAUAGCAGUAAUUGCAGUAAUUUAUAUGUAACAGAUAAAACAAACACGAGUACAUAUAUGUAUGUAUGUAAUGUAACUUAUUGUAAUUCUAGAGCGAAUACUAACGAGUAAAGCAUUAUUACUUGUAUCAGUAUAGUUAGUUAUUUAACUUAAUUUGCAUUUAAUUAAUGCAUUUCCAGCUAAAGUUUUGUAAUGUAAUUUAAUGUAAUUGUAAUAUCAAUAAAGCUUAUAAUUUUAAAUAAUUAAUUAUAAAAGAAAACUAGACACAGAAAUGCUAAUUGGGUUAACGUCAAUCCCAAGCAGUUACAUACUAAGCAUAAUAUACUUACGUACAUAGGUAUGUAUGUAUGUAUGUAUGAAUGCACGAUGCAAAUAACUACAUUUAGUGAAAUCAAAAUGAAUACUUAAAGCCCUCUAGUCGUAAGCCUAAUACUUCUAUGCAAUUGAAAGUGCAUAUAAAAUAAAUAAAAAUACAAU